AUGGCAGUUGUACAAGUUAGAGGUAUGAAGAGAACAGCAGAUUUCUCGUUUUCAUGGAUGAACAAGCAGCAAACUUCUGGAGUAGGAUCCUGUCCUACAUUUCACUACCAGUCUGAAACCAAUUGA